GCCGAUCCUGCCGGGCUCACCCUGGCCUGGCCGCUGCUGCCUGCAGCCCCCAGCUCCAGCUCUCCCAGGCCUCCCUCCGCCCCACAGGCUACUGCCUCUGCUGCUGCUCCUGGGCUGGCCCCUUAACUCCACUGAAUCCCAGGGCUCUCAUCUGUAAAAUGGGAGUGUUCAAGAAGGCCAGCCCAAAUGGAAAGCUCACCGUCUAUCUGGGAAAACGGGACUUUGUGGAUCACAUCGACCUCGUGGACCCUGUGGAUGGUGUGGUGCUGGUGGAUCCUGAGUAUCUCAAAGAGAGGAGAGUCUAUGUGACACUGACCUGCGCCUUCCGCUAUGGCCGGGAGGACCUCGAUGUCCUGGGCCUGACCUUUCGCAAGGACCUAUUCGUGGCCAACGUGCAGUCCUUCCCGCCGGCCCCCGAGGACAAGAAGCCCCUGACACGGCUCCAGGAGCGCCUCAUCAAGAAGCUGGGCGAGCACGCCUACCCUUUCACCUUUGAGAUCCCUCCAAACCUCCCAUGCUCUGUGACAUUGCAGCCAGGGCCCGAAGACACAGGGAAGGCCUGCGGUGUGGACUACGAGGUCAAAGCCUUCUGCGCAGAGAACCUGGAGGAGAAGAUCCACAAGCGGAAUUCCGUGCGUCUGGUCAUCCGGAAGGUGCAGUAUGCCCCAGAGAGGCCUGGCCCCCAGCCCACAGCUGAGACCACCAGGCAGUUCCUCAUGUCAGACAAGCCCUUGCACCUAGAGGCCUCCCUGGAUAAGGAGAUCUAUUACCACGGAGAACCCAUCAGCGUCAACGUCCAUGUCACCAACAACACCAACAAGACAGUGAAGAAGAUCAAGAUCUCAGUGCGCCAGCACGCGGACAUCUGCCUUUUCAACACAGCUCAGUACAAGUGCCCUGUGGCCAUGGAAGAGGCUGACGACACGGUGGCACCCAGCUCCACAUUCUGCAAGGUCUACACGCUGACCCCCUUCCUGGCCAACAACCGAGAGAAGCGGGGCCUUGCCCUGGACGGGAAACUCAAGCACGAAGACACGAAUCUGGCCUCCAGCACCCUGCUGAGGGAAGGAGCCAACCGCGAGAUCCUGGGCAUCAUCGUGUCCUACAAAGUGAAGGUGAAGCUGGUGGUGUCUCGAGGCGGCCUGUUGGGAGAUCUUGCAUCCAGCGACGUGGCUGUGGAACUGCCCUUCACCCUAAUGCACCCCAAGCCCAAAGAGGAGCCCCCACAUCGGGAAGUUCCAGAGAACGAGGCGCCAGUAGAUACCAAUCUCAUAGAACUUGACACAAAUGAUGACGACAUUGUAUUUGAGGACUUUGCCCGCCAGAGACUGAAAGGCAUGAAGGACGACAAGGAGGAAGAGGAGGACGGUACCGGCUCUCCACAGCUCAACGACAGAUAGACAGGGGCUGGCCCUCCCUCCGGGCAGCUCCAGGCCCCUCUCAUGCACUAGGAUGCUUAUUCGUCUUCUUCCCGCCUGGUUUCUCCUCCCUUUGUCCUUUCAGUUUCUACCAUAGGCCCCAGUGGUCUUCCAGGUCACGGUGAUGGACCUCUGGCCUCAUGGUUGGCCCCACAUCACCAUGCCAACAGGACCACAAAGUGCCACCUUCACCCCCAUCUCUGCAGUCACCUCUCCACACCCCUCCUUUUCAUGCUGACUCCCAGAAAGGCCACCAGGGCACUGGCCUUGGAAUUUGACCUGAGAUGGGGAGCAGGCAGAGGAGGAUGGGGCAUGGAGCUUGGAGGGUGGGGAUGAGGGCUCAAGACACAUGAGAAGAUGUCCAUAGUCCCAGGUGGUUAACACAGUCUGGCAGCUAAAAGAUGACUGCAUUGAAGGCCACCUCCUUCUCUGGCUUGGAGGGGCAGGCUCGUGGAUAGACUCUCAAUGCCUUUUUGCAGUUCGGACCCACCAAAGACCUCUCCCCUUCCAUUCUCAUCCCUGCCCCAUGUCCCUCUGUGUCUGACAGUGACACUGGUGAAGGUUCCUAGACCCCAGGAAUAACAAAAGCAACUGGACUGACUUUCUUACCAGCAGUUACCUAGACUAAGACAAGCUGUGUGAACUAGCCCGAGUGUAUUUCAGUAUUGUCAGGAUGUGAC